CAUGGGCCGGCGCCUCGUGGAUACGGGCCACAGACGCCUCCAGUGUUCAGGCUGCGGGACAACCUGGUCGCUGCUACCACCGCUCUACUCGCCGUGCGACAUUCUCAGCCCACAGCGACGCGCGCACAACGUCCCUCAGGAGCGCAGUCGCGCUCCAGCGAGUCGCGAAACAUCCAUUACUGGGCACCCCGAUAGUUUCGGCCUGGUUCGAUCCACCGUUGACUAGGCUAGAAUUCCCUGUGAACUUUGUUCAGGCCUUUGCUGGCUGUAGAACACAGACUAAAUAUCCCUCCUUUCAUGUCUGUGCCAUCGUACAGGAUGGAGGCACCUCGUCCUCGCCCACCGCCUCUACCCCUGCGAACGCACAAUCUCAAGUCACCACCACCGGAGGGCCGCAGAGACUCCAACAACCCCCUUCUUUACGAUGCGUCUCCCACUGUGCCCGUAUCGCCCUCUCGUACAGUCUCGCCCACAAAGCUGAGGUCGCCCACUUCGCCAUCGUUCCGUGCUCGCUCCAGGGCCGGAGGCCGGACCCCACCGCAUAGUCGACCUCGGUCGAUCACUCCUUCGCAACCGGGUCGUAAUGAGCUCGAGGAGUUUGCGGAACAUUGCCGGGCGUGGUACUUCGAGCAGAACGACAACGCAGGGCGUGUAAUGACGCAGACACUUGCUACCCUACCUCCUUCCCAACGCGCGCCUUUUGCCAGACUCCAGGCGUCUAUCCGUUCUGCCUACCACGCCAGCGUCAAGGCGCGCAGGAACGCCGAGUUCAAAGCGCAUCUCAGCGCAACGCAUCCGGGAUGUUCUCUCAUGCCUCAUUCUCGCGCUGACCCUCACGGGCAGUUGGCCAAGAAGGAGCGCUAUGACCGCUUAGAGCGCUUCGUUGGAACAUGGUGCACGACGGGUAUGCCUGGCACAAAACCAUUCUUUGAAGGUCUAUGGGCCGUCAUGAGACUACAAGUGGUUCCAGAACAUCUAGGAGGAGCUGGAGGAUAUAGAAUCGAGUGGGAAAUUGAUGAUGCGGUCUUCAAGGAAGCAGCCGGCAAAGAUUUCAUGCUGGAAGCCAUCGAUGUCCUCAAAGGGGUACUGGCAUUUGAAGAAGCACCCUCUGACAAGAGAUCGACAUCACAAAGGGAUUCCGCUGCCUACUCGGCUUUUGCUCCACUGUCCACAAUACAUUCCCGGUCGCAAUCACAACCAUUCCCCGUAGAUAUCUCCGUGAUGCCGUCUCAGAAGGGGCCCCCUAUUGCGUCCACCACGCAGACGAAGCGACCUCGGCCUCGAGCUCCGAGUGAUCCCUUCCUGGAUACUCCUGCCCUCUCGACAUCGUACUCCUCCGCGAACACAAUAGCGCACCUCUCAACAUCAGGUACAACACUGGCGGACGAACCGACAAGUCCGUCAACUCCCUUCGUUGAAGUAGACGACUACUUCUCGCCCACGUCCCAUACUCUGGACCUGUCCGAGACUGACGGAUUCAUGCGCACAUGGACUGCCCCCGAUCUCUCGAAUCCCGAAUACAUCUCAUUACUCUCAGUAUUCCCGCCCUUCAUUUCCCGCAAGACAAUGCCACGGUUCACUGUUCAACCAGACUCGAGCCGACUCGCCGACAUAGAAGAAGGCGACGAAAGACAAGACGAGCAGAAUCGUAUCCGCGUCGGUACCGGGACAAUGUGGGUGGGACCAAAGCCUCGCUCAUCCGGCUGGAACGGCGGCUGGUGGGCACGCUUCAGGCUCUGGAUACGAAGCAUGUUCUGCUAGACUCUGUAGCAGAGUUGGUAUAUGGGACGAUUAGUGGUACCGUUUAGUUGAUCCUGGCCGUCUGCUCUUGCACGUGCGUCCCUCAGACAAAUGACACCCACCCGUGCCCUGGACGCAUCCUCGCCCGUCUUUUUUGAGCAUGGACUACCGCAGGACAUAGACACUGCAUAUCAGUCCUGCGUCUCUGCGUUGGGCUUGUUUUAUCAAGUCUUCGGACAAGUACAUACUGUACACCGCAUAUGCUCAUAUCCUGUAUUCGCAAUGUAUACGAACAAGAUACGUGCAGCUUCGCGCUUUCGCAGCGAGCCGUAUACACCAGA